AGACUGCGCACUGAGCCCGAGCGGGAGAGAAGCUUGAGGGCGCUGGCGGAGAGACGCGCGGGUCGUGGCUGGUCGCGCACCCCAGCUUCUAGCGCACGGAAUUUACUUUCUCCUUGCGCUGGGCGGGGGUACCCAGGACGGAGUUAUCCGAGCGGGAGAGAGUCUGCUCCGGGUGAGCCCGAGCCGCCCCAGAAAUGCGAUGGCCGAGGAGCGGGCACUGAGGACCGGACCGAGGUGGGAGUCAAAGCAGGGGACGUGAUUUUGCGGUCAUCGCCCCACCCGAAUGAGGCCAGCAUCUCCAGAAAGUCGAGACCAACUACCCUUACCAAGAUGUUCGUCCCCUGCAUUAAGUUUCAAACCAAGGUACUGGAUUCUCCUAGAUAAAAAGUGUCUAACAGUGAAAAUGGUGUAAUCUGCAUUAACAUCCCACAACGUGAAGACAUGACAAUUAAGGAACACACACGGACUUGUGGCACAAGGAAAUGUGUGCACAGAAAAAGGAAAUCUGUAAUCCUUUAAAAACUGAAAGACAUUUCUCCUCACCAAAAUGGGUACAUUCUGCUCAGUUGUCAAGUUUGAAAAUCUCCAAGAAUUAAAGAGACUUUGUCACUGGGGUCCCAUUAUAGCCCUUGGUGUUAUAGCAAUAUGUUCCACCAUGGCCAUGAUUGACUCUGUGUUGUGGUAUUGGCCCUUACAUACCACUGGAGGAAGUGUGAAUUUCAUCAUGUUGAUAAACUGGACUGUCAUGAUUCUUUAUAAUUACUUCAAUGCCAUGUUUGUUGGUCCUGGCUUCGUCCCUCUGGGGUGGAAACCGGAAAAUUCUCAGGAUAGCGUGUACCUCCAGUAUUGUAAAGUCUGCCAAGCAUACAAGGCACCACGGUCACAUCACUGCAGAAAGUGCAACAGAUGUGUAAUGAAGAUGGACCAUCACUGUCCUUGGAUCAACAACUGCUGCGGCUACCAGAAUCAUGCUUCCUUCACACUGUUCCUCCUUUUAGCACCACUGGGUUGUAUUCACGCUGCCUUUAUUUUUGUUAUGACGAUGUAUACGCAGCUUUAUAAUCGGCUCUCCUUUGGGUGGAACACGGUCAAGAUUGAUAUGAGUGCAGCCCGGAGAGACCCUCUUCCAAUUAUUCCUUUUGGAUUAGCUGCAUUUGCUGCCACCUUGUUUGCCUUGGGAUUAGCUUUAGGAACAACCAUAGCUGUUGGGAUGUUGUUUUUUAUCCAGAUGAAAAUAAUUCUCAGAAACAAAACUUCUAUUGAAUCAUGGAUUGAAGAGAAGGCUAAAGAUCGAAUUCAGUAUUAUCAACUAGAUGAAGUCUUUGUUUUUCCUUAUGAUAUGGGAAGUAGAUGGAAGAACUUCAAACAAGUGUUCACAUGGUCAGGGGUCCCUGAAGGAGAUGGACUGGAUUGGCCAAUAAGAGAAGGCUGUCACCAGUACAGCUUAACAAUAGAACAGUUGAAACAAAAAGCAGAUAAAAGAGUCAGAAGUGUCCGGUAUAAAGUGAUAGAAGAUUAUAGUGGUACCUGCUGUCCUUUGAAUAGAGGAAUUAAAACACUCUUCACGAGCCCCUGCACUGAAGAGCCUCGGAUAAGGCUACAGAAAGGGGAAUUCAUCUUAGCCACAAGAGGGUUACGAUACUGGUUGUAUGGAGACAAAAUUCUUGAUGAUUCCGUUUUAGAAGGUGUUUCAAGAAUAAGAGGAUGGUUCCCUAGAAACUGUGUAGAAAAGUGCCCCUGCGACGCUGAAACAGAUCAAGCCCCAGAGGGCGAGAAGAAAAAUAGAUAGCCACUUUUGAAGUAAAAUUCCUCUCAGUCUGCUCCAUUACUUGAAAACUGUACAUGUUACUAAAGAAUUAUGCAAUGAGCCUACUCUGGUUAAGGUGUUCUUUUCCUCAAAGGUGCCCUAGUGCCAUGAUCUAAAUAUUUUUAUUACCACUUUGAAAUGGAGAAGCCAUUCUGCACAUGCCUUUGAAUUCCUGCACCUCUCUGCCACCUCUCCUCUCCCCUAAAGGAAAAACACUUCACCCAAGUGAGUAGAUUGCAUUUUCUCUAGGAUUUUGUGUGCGCUGCACAUGGUGGACCUGACCUGCAGAUAGAGAUCCCCCUCUACCAGGAGCAUCUGCAUGCGAUGCUUUUAUCCUCUGUCCCCCUCGGCCGAAUUUCUGAUAUUUCUAGAUACUAUAGAAAUUAAUUUGUCAGAUUCAAUAUAAGCUCAGAUUUUAUUACCCGUCUUUUAAUAAUAAUGAUUUUGUCAAAUCAAAUAAAGAUCAAUGGCUUGUUCUGUAUAAAUC